CAGGAGAUGACCCCCGACGAGGUGCCUGCGCCUACGCUCGGGGCAGGCCGGCAGGUUUUCUAUCAGAUGUUCCACCGUAAUAAUGCUGGAGUUAAGAAGUCUCUGUUUCUUUGCUCCAAACCAGAAGACUUUGUUCCCUGCACACAGAGUAGGAGUACUGUUGGUUAGGAACUGGCUGGUGUUUAAAACUGAAGAUUGUCAUGACUGUUUAACCUAAGCUCUAUUCUGAACUAAAAUUAAUUAUCUGGGAAAUACUAAGUCAGGGUAACCCAAAUUUGCUUUUGGAACCAUGAAAAUUUUGCUUGUUUUUGACUUUGACAAUACAAUCAUAGAUGAUAAUAGUGACACCUGGAUUGUACAGUGUGCUCCAGAGAAAAAGCUUCCUAUUGAACUGCAAGAUUCUUAUGAAAAAGGAUUUUGGACAGAAUUUAUGGGCAGAGUCUUUAAGUAUUUGGGAGAUGAAGGUGUAAGAGAAGAUGAAAUGAAAAGAACAGUGACAUCAAUGCCGUUCACUCUAGGGAUGGUGGAACUUUUGACCUUUAUAAGAAAGAACAAAGAUAAAUUUGAUUGCAUCAUUAUUUCAGAUUCAAAUUCAGUCUUCAUAGACUGGGUUUUAGAAGCUACCAGUUUUCAUGAUGUAUUUGAUAAAGUGUUUACAAAUCCAGCAGCUUUUGAUAGCAAUGGUCAUCUCACUGUGGAAAAUUAUCAUGCUCAUUCUUGCAAUAGGUGCCCCCAAAAUCUUUGCAAAAAUGUAGUUUUGGUGGAAUUUAUAGAUAAACAGUCACAGGAGGGAGUGAAUUAUACAAGAAUAGUUUAUAUAGGUGAUGGUGGAAAUGAUGUCUGUCCGGUAACUUUUUUAAAGAAGAGUGAUGUUGUCAUGCCACGGCAAGGAUAUACUUUACAGAAAACGCUUUCCAGGAUGUCUCACAGUCUUAAACCCAUGGAAUCUUCCAUUGUAGUUUGGUCUUCAGGUGUUGAAAUAAUUUCUCACUUACAACUUUUAAUAAAGGAGUAAUGUGUCACCUA